ACAACAAAGAUGGCCGACCAUGGUUGACGGGUGUCCGUUGGCUGUCCCGUAUCUGCCUGAAGGUCCUGACGAAAAAAACAAAUCGGGGUCCUUUCUUGCGAUAGGCGAGCUGUCGGGGAAAAAAGCAUCCAAGUCACAUUGUGAAACACAACUGUGAUGAUUGCCAUUAAAUAAGUGCAGCUAAUAUCGAUGAGUGUGUGGGUGAUGUUGAUUAUUGAUCUGGUCCGGUUAUUCGCGCCCUAACUGCUCCGCUGUGUCUCUUAUUGACCGUCGUAGGGUGUGUGUGUUUUUUUUUCGUUUUGCAUCGUUGACGUUUGCGACGCAAUUAGUCUCACGGCAGGCCAACGUAACAAAUUCUGACAUCCACCUGAAAAUAAAGGACGUAAGUAGAGUUUCGAUGUUCCUGUGUAAAUGUGGGCUCUCUUUUUCAGCGGGAAGACCGUCAGCUACGAACCGCAUCAAUGAUUAAUUCCAGUGUGUUUUUAAGACUCAGUGUUCGAAGAUAAACUGUUUUUUAUCAGAAAUCUGAAAGACUGCUUCACUACUUUGGACAGAAACGACAAACUGAUAAUUUUACAAUAAGAAUAUCAGGAGCUGUGAGUUUCCCAUCAAGUGUUGAUAAAAGUCUGUGGUAGUGAAGCUCUGAGACACUCAGAUGGAGUUAAAAAGUCUUUAUCGUUCAGGGUUAGUGGGAAAAAACGGAUUUUUAUCUUCACCAGAUCUACGGACAAGUCACUGCUCUCAUAUAUCAGACACUGUCCUCCUGAGAAACACCUGAUCAUGUAUACUUGAUUCUCACUCACCCACUCGGGUUUCUGAGUAAUUUUCUGUUGUUUUUCCACAGGGGGGCGUUGAUGAGCAGCAAUGUCUGGUAUCGCUCUUAGCAGACUGUCCCAGGAGCGCAAAGCCUGGAGGAAAGACCACCCAUUCGUAAGUCUUCUCAGAAUCAAGAUUGACCAUAGACUGUAUAUAGAACGGACGCCGUCUGCCUCCUCUCUGAGAACAGCGCCCUCUGGUGACGGGCUGCAGUACAGGUCCUAAACCCCGCCUCCUUAUGGAGCUGUGGACAAACUUUAUAAAUGAAUGACACAGAAUAUAAAUGUUUCUCCCCCCUGGUUGUGAUGUUGACAUGUAGUUACUGUCAGACUGGUUUGUGCUCAAGUCCUCUUUUUUUCUGUACAGCUCCAUUUUUAAAAGUUAUUAGGGGGUUCAUGUUUUCUAUGAUUGACACCUGAUACAGCCUAUGGGAGGACAGAGAUUGAGUAGAUCACCCGGUGGGGUUACGCUGUUUGAGCCGAGCGACUGUGGGCGACUCCCCAUCCAUAGUGCACAACAGGAAAUGAAGAAAAUCGCAGAAAUACUGAGAGGUUUUUGGCUUCAAAUCCGUAAACUGGCGGGCGGCGGAACCAAGUUGGUUAUAGUUUAUACGGUCUAAGGCGUUGGCCUCUAAAUCUUUGUAGGUUUACCGGCCUGCUUAAUCUCACAGAGAAGACAGAAACCCAGUUCUAGUUUCCUUGUGAUUUGUUGUUGUCUCUUUUCAAUCACACAGGGUUUUGUUGCCGUUCCCACAAAGAACCCCGAUGGCACCAUGAAUCUGAUGAACUGGGAGUGUGCAAUCCCUGGAAAAAAAGGAGUAAGUUACCUUUGUAGCACUUUGAAGUCACAGUAGGAUAUGAAAGUCCCUUUUAGGGCCUGUGCCAACAAUAAAAAGAUCUAAACAUACGUGGUUUUGAGCGUGGACUAACGGAGUUAGCAGCACAUAAAAAAACACUCAACCCGACCAGAAAAACCCUCAAAAUUGUGCGCACGACUCCCCCCUGUGAAGCCGGGUCCUCUUUUUGGAGGUCCAGAGUAAGGUCACCCUGAUUUGACUUUAUACCGACCAAGUAAAUGUUUUUAAUUUAAUUAUUUUUAGACUACAUCUUUUCUGUUGUCAGACUCAAUCAAAUUUUGAGUUCACAUUGAAAACCUCGUCUACUCUUAUUAAAUCAAAGAAAGGCAUUGAUUAGGGAAUCGUUAAAGAAUUGAAUUGAUAAGCAGAAUCUUUAAUGGCAACAAUAUCGAUAAAAUCGUAUCAAUUCCCUAGUUUUGCUGGAGAAGAUGCCUGAAUAGUUACACGAACAACUUUGAGUGUUUCAGACUUGUUCUGAGCAGGAAGCUCGAAAAAAGAGAGUCUGAAAAAACGUGCUUAUUGGAGGAAGACAAACUCAGUAAAUAAUGUAAAAAAUAUAUUUAUGACACAUUUUCUGUGGACUUUCUUGAGAUCUGUGAGUCAUAUAAUGAUGUUUUAAUAAAAUCAAAUGGUGGAUUCACUUCCGUCCGAGUUUGAAGAGAAUUUUAAAUUUUUACUGAAGACAAAGAAAACAAGCCGAGUUAUAAAGUCAGAAGAUUCUUUGUCUCUAAGUUUAAAUACGCUAAUGUUCCCACAGCCACUCAUGUCACUUUGGUUAUAACCUCUUAUUCACUGAUUAGACGCUGUGGGAGGGCGGACUCUACAAACUCCGAAUGCUGUUUAAAGAUGACUACCCGUCUUCACCGCCCAAAUGUGAGUAUCACUCAGAACUUCAUGCAGAGUUUGUCUGUAGUAAAGGUCACAGAGGAAAAUAACUGUCCGACAGAGAGAAGGUGACUUUAAAUAUAUAAAAUGAUCUGAAGAAAACAGCCGUUUGGAGUUCCAACAGAUCGAUCCAGAGCUGCAUUAUUAAUAUUUUAUUCACCAGGUAACGUUAAAGUAAGAACGCGUUCACACCAGGACUGUUCGAUUCGUUUUUGAAGGAGAUCUACAGUAGAUAGUAUUCUGUAGAUAUCUACAGUAUAGAUGCUAACCGUCCACUCCAUGACUUUUUCAACAGGCAAAUUUGAGCCUCCGAUAUUCCAUCCAAACGUUUACCCAUCAGGCACUGUGUGUCUCUCCAUCCUGGAGGAGGACAAAGACUGGAGGCCCGCCAUCACCAUCAAACAGGUCUCCCAGCUCUUACACAUCAGUUCAGGCCUUUAGCUGAAAGAUGAUUCUGGUUCGUUUCUGUGUCAUCAUGUCUGUUUUUGAGGGAUUUACGUUCCUGUAACUGCAGAUUAAUUUUGGCCUUCGAUGGAGAGAACUGUAGGGAAGAGAUCUACGUACAGACAUCAGGGUUUCAGAUAAAAGACUGACUGAGAUCUGACUGUGUCUUUAGAUCCUGUUGGGGAUCCAGGAGCUGCUGAAUGAACCCAACAUUCAGGACCCCGCCCAAGCAGAGGCGUACACGAUCUACUGGUGAGUCUUUGAAACACGUUUGAUCAUCAGUGAUGAUGAAAAAACGCUGUUGGGACUAAAACGGGGGGAAAUACAUUUUUAAUGAGGCCACAUGUCGGGGGGCCGAACCAACAACCACUUUAAAUCAGCGGGGGGGGUCACACUUACAGAAAAGACCAAAUAAGUAACGAGUUAAAAACAAACCCCACAAAAGUUCAGCCAUGACUCACGAGUUUUACCAGAAGACGUCUGAGAGAAACGAGUUCAAGUCGUUUAUAAUAACAGACUCAGGAACUCUAAGGCGUCUACGAAUAUUUGACCGAUGUUUAAACUUCCUCUGUUCACGAAUGUUGAUCUAAGAUGUACGUAUGUGUGUCCAAACGGAAAUAAAACAACCGAUAGGUUUUCAAAAUAAAAGCCCUUUUAUAGCAUGUUGAUGAUUUGAUUGACGGACCUCUCGAAGAGUCGGGCAGAGACAUCCUCGGGCCGUAGGUCUGCACUAAAACCACCUUUUUUAAGGGCGACUUAAUAGAUGAACUUCAUUUUUAUUUAGUUUGAUUUAGAGAAAUCCUGAGCGAACCAACACCGCUCAUCUCAGCAGAAAAGGCCGUUUGUUUACUUCCAAAGAGGACAAAGAGAGAACGUUUGUAAAAUAUCAAAACAGAAACUUCGUAUUAAAGAAAAGAUCAACUAAAGUCAAAAAAAAAAAACCCUGACAGAAACUCUGAAGGGGAACAAAUCUCUGUGGAGCUCGCUGUCAGAGUACAUGUUUGACUUAAACACACUCCCGGCUUUGACCACACAGUGGCGCUCUGACUGAAAUCACGUUAUUGUCUGAUAGUUCAGAUUCAAGGCCGACUAAAAGCUGAAAUAUGGGAGUUGAUACUUCAUGUUUCCAUGAGGGGGCAGUAUCGCUCUGACCACAUUGUAUCGGUAGAUGAAUUUAAUUCUGUUUUCAAACUUUCUGACUCAGUCAUUAAAAACUUUAUUUCACCACAACUGUGACUGAGUGAAAAAACGAAGAGCAUGAAUGUUCAGAGACGGACCCUGAAUCUUUGAGAAACAGUAACUUCCUGUUUUCUGUCUGAAUGAUCGAGUUUCAUGAAGGCCGUUUGUGUCCGAGUGAAGUGAAGACAGAAGCAGAGAGGUCCAUCACAGAUGAAACAUCAUCUUUUGUUGACAGUAGGGGGCGCUAUGGCUGUAGGUAAAUAAUAAUAAUCAUACUUAGAGAGGGUGGAAGUCUCCUUCACUGCUGCCUUUUAUAAAAGGAUGAAAGUUCCUUAAACUGUGGCGGUCUCACGUCAUGGCGAGUCUCCGUGUUCCUUUAUAAAAAUCACCUUCAUCACAUUUUCAACCGUAAACUUUGUACUUCAGAUAUUUUCAGUCAUGAAGGAAGUUCAGGAUCAAACGUCACCGAGUUUGGAAUAAAUGUGUAAAAUAAUUAUUAAUCUGUAUGUUUUCUACGUUCAUUCUACCUUUGCACAGUGUUGCUGCUUUUCUAACGGUUCUACAUGGAGAGAAACGAGUCUGAGUGAGAAGUCCUUUAUCUCAGGAGUUAUUCUAAUCACAAUGUUGGUAAAAGUAUUUGAAGUCUGGAGUACUUUAAGUGUUUUUAUGGUGGGCCGGAGUCUUUCUCAGCUCAGGAACUGCAGCUCUAAAUAAACAGACUAUGUGGUUAAAAACGUCGUCAUGUUUUUGUGUGUUUUUCUCCUCGCAGUCAGAACAGGAUGGACUACGAGAAACGUGUCCGCGCCCAGGCCAAGAAGUUCGCCCCCACAUAAAGAGGAGGAGAGCCGGCCUGUGAGCUGCCUGAACAUCCAGAACUGAUGAUAGAGGAGGCGGAGAGGAGGCAGUCUGCACCUGAAGGACCACUCCAAUGCGAAUCCAGAUUUAAGUAUUAUCAUUUCACAGUCACACAGGUGACCGGUGGGCCGAUUUUGACCUUUUCUUCCUGUUUGAAACUCCAAAACUUCUUCAUUUCUCCCUCUUCAGCAAAGACUCGUGCAGAUUUGAUGAUCAUCUGUCGUCUGUUUCAGUUCGUUAAUAUUCCACAUCUGUUUUUUUUCCUUUCUUUCAUCACAGCUGUUCACCUGUGCCUCCAUUCAUUCUGUACAUGAAGCUAAUGUAUGAAAAAACUCCAGAUUUCAGGAUCCAUUUCCAAACCUUUCUGUCAUGUUAGAGACGUUUUUACGGGAGUUUAAUGUUCUGGUUUUAGAAGAAGUCCAUGUUUGUUAGAGACGGUGUUUCAGGAGGAUGACGAAGCAAAGAGGCUGAAAUCUUUCAGUGAGAUCGCUCUGAUUUACAAGAACACAGAAACAAAACCAUCAGGUCAAAGACGAUGUUUGUGUCGUUGGUUUUGAGCCCAAAGAAGUCGAGAAACUUUCAGCAGAUCUGUGGAGUCGAACCUUUUUCAGAGUUCAGAUGACCGACUCCCAGAAAGAAAAAAAAAAACAUCUCUAAGUCAGUCGAGCUGAAAAGACCCGACAAAACAAACAUUUCUACUUCUAACAAACCCGUCGGUGAUUCAGGUGUUUCAGCAGCUCAGUAUUUAAAAAGUUCCAUCGGGUCUUUUUCGAGUUUUCAGCGUUAAAGUCACUCAGAGGACACGUUUGUUUCAGGUCCAAAAUCUGAUCAUUAUUUAUAUUUACUCAUUUUCAGGAAUGAAACGGUGACGAUUGAUGAAACCCUCAUUUUAAGAACGAGGUUUAUGUACGAUCAAAAGAACUCUAGUGAUCCCCUUAUCAAUAUCAGAUCAACUUUAUGAUCCUUGUGCAGAAUGAAGUCCUGACAAAAGUCGGUUUUUUACUUUUUGAAACUGCAGAAAUUGAUCAAAUCUGUUUCUUUCUAAGUUUUACUUCACCUCAGUUUGCUGAAGCCUCUGUUAAAUUUAACAUUUACAGUAGAACUGACUCUAAAGUUAAAGACUGAUCAGAUUUCCCAUCAGCCUCAGAGAUGAAAUUUCAUCUACAAGUUUUUCAUUUUUGUGCAGAAACAAAAAAAAAAAAAAACGACAAAUCUGCAGAAGGAUUCAUUUUUAUUGGGAGGUUAGUGUUAAAAUCUAAAAAUCCAAGUUUCUGUUUCUCUUCUUUUGUACAGUAGAAACUCAGAGGGCUGCUGUUGUUGAACAUUGACAGUGAAACUGAGACUCACUUGAACCAGCUGACCUAAAGUGGCAGCAGUUGGUUUCUAUCGGAGGGUGAAGUGACGACAGAAACAACGUCGGCGUUUCUUAGUUUUUGGUCCGAACUUUGAGGAAUCAGAGGUGUGACUCUCAAAACGAUCGUAAUCAUCAUUAUCUGCUAACGCUUAAAAAUUUGGUGACGCUUCAGAGUAAAAGCUACAACACUGGCUGCUUUGUGGUUUUUCAGUGCUUUAUGAAAUAUAAUCGCAUACUUCACUCUUGGUUCAGUCUUUUCUUCCACGUUCCUUUGAAACAGACACAGAGCUGAAAAAAUGUUCAAUAAAAAUCUGAAAUCCGUUUAUCAAACAGGAGCUGAAGGAUCUUUGUUGGACAAUGACGGCAGUUUAUUUCAGCUGAAAGAAAAAGGAAAGGCCUCUGAAAAAACGAGUGCAUGUACAUAAUAUAAAUAAUGACGAUGACUUGUGGAAGGUAUGUUUUAUAUUGUUUUAGCCAGUUGACAUUUGUGUGUGGUAUUGUAACAAAAGACCAUAAAAAAUGGCAUUCAAUUGUGAAAUAAAGUCAAAGAAAAGGAAAACAAAU